AUGAGGUCUCGAGCGUCGGUCAAACCGUCCGACUAUCCGUCCCUCCCCUUUCAUGGCAUUCGCUCCAUCAUCUUCCUCUCCUCUCUCGUGGUCGCCAUCAUCCUGGCGACCUUCACCUAUCAUCUUCACGCCGAUGGCUACAAACUUCCUUUUGCAUUUCUCAUCCUUCUCCUCGCCACCGUCCUCUCCCUUCUAACCAUCAUCACCACCGCCCUCGUCAACUGCACCUGCCGUCUCUCCCCCAAACUCUCCCUCUUCACCAACAUUCUCCCCCUCAUCAUCUGGCUCCUCGCCCUCGCCAUUCUAUCCUACAGCAUGUCCGGCACAAUUCUCACCGCAUGCACCACAGAGUACUGGGCUACCGCGACCGGCAUCUCCGUCUGUCGCACCUACAAGACCCUCUUCGCAUUCACCGUCCUCAGCACAGUCGGACAUAUUGCCGCCAUCUGGCUGGAUGUGGUGGUGCGCCGGCGCCAGACCCGUCUUGGGGCUUAUGAUCCCAUGGCGAGUACAGCAACGGUCGGGGAAGAUCCGUGGGAUGUCAAGUUGGUGGAGAGAAGAGACUCGGCGGUCGGAGGACAGUAUGAUGGAGUGCCUCCACCGAGGGAGAUCGGAGAUGGUGCAUCGCGGAUGCGCUUCCAGAACGGGUAUCAUCAUCCCGCCGAACAGACGGGAUAUGAUCCGGCGGCGUAUCGUUGA